AUGAAAGGUAAGCUUUUCUUUGGCCAAUAUUUGAUAUGGGUAAUAUUACUGUGUGGAUGCAAAAGCUGCACUGAAAAAGAAAGGAAAGCUUUGUUGGAUCUCAAGAAAUAUCUUACGUCAAAGAGUCAAGAUUCAGACUAUGUUCUCCCUACUUGGAAUAAUGACACACAGAGCGAUUGUUGCCGGUGGGAGGGGCGGAGGGCACUAUGUGCAAUCAUACAAGUGGGCGGGCGUUCCCUUGGUUUCAUGACCUUAAAAGAGAAUUCUCUCCUAAAUCUUUCUUUACUGCAUCCCUUUGAAGAGGUUCGAAGUCUAGACUUCUCUCAGGCUUCAAAUGGCUUCGUUGAUAAUGUUGAAGGUUAUAAAAGCUUAAGGAAACUAAGAAAGCUGGAGAUUCUGAAUCUUUCAUAUAAUAGUUUAAACAGCAGCAUAAUUCCCUUUCUAAAUGCUGCUACAUCGCUUACAACUCUUUCUCUCCAGUAUAGCUUCAUGGUAAGUGGUACUUUUCCUUUUGAAGACUUGACAAACUUGAAUCUGCUUGAUCUUGCUGGAAAUGGACUAAACGGCUCCAUGCUAGGUAGCAUCUACGCCAACCGCCACUGGUUGACUAAUCUGAGAAAGCUGAAAGCUCUGGAUCUAAGUGACAAUGGGUUUUCUAGCAUAAUGGAAUUGCAAGUAGUUUGUGAAAUGAAGAACUUGCAGGAGCUUGACGUCAGUGGAAAUCGUUUCGUAGGCCAUAUUCCUCUUUGUUUAGGUAGCUUGAACAAGCUAAAGGUUCUUGAUUUCUCAUCCAACCAAUUAAGUGGAAACCUACCAUCUAAUUUCAACAAUCUUGAGUCCCUCGAAUAUCUAUCAUUGUUGGAUAACAAUUUCACAGGCUUAUUCUCGCUCGAUCCACUCGCCAACCUCACAAAGCUUAAGGUGUUCAAACUUUCAUCAACAUCUGAUAUGGUACAAGUCAAGACAAAGAGUAAUUGGCAGCCAAAAUUUCAACUGAGUGUUGUUGUACUAGGAGAUUGCAGCUUGGAGGAAAUCCCCUUCCUUUCUCCUGUACCAGAAGAACUUGCGCGUCUAGUUGAUCUACCCAACAAAAGAUUAUCUGCAGACAUUCCUAGUUGGCUGUUGGUGAAUAAUUCAGAACUUGAAGUCUUACAUUUGCAGAAUAAUGCAUUCACUACCUUCCAGAUGCCUACAAUAGUGCAUAAUUUGCAGUUCUUGGAUUUUAUUGGGCCAUAUUAG